UUUUCUUAUUUUGAAUUACAAUUUAACUUUCUAAGAUAUUCUAUAAUUUUCUAAGUUUCUUAGCUUACAAAUAUAGUUUCUAGGUAAUUCUAGUUUUCUCUAAUUUUCUUAGCUUUGUGUAGUUAAUACUAAAAUUUUCUAGAUAAAAAAAGUGUAGAAAUGUGUAGCACUUUUCAUUAAAUUUCUACUAAUUUAUACUUAUAAAAUAGUUUGUUUUUUUUCUCUUUCUUUGAAUUAGUUCCACGAAUGGAUAAAUAGUUAAAUUUUGUCAUCAAUCAAUUUAGAAUAUUGUUUUUUAACAAUGGCAAUUGCCCACCUCAUGAGCAUGACCCAUAUCUACACCCACAAAUUCUAAGGCUCUCUAUUCUCCUUCCUCUCAAAAAUAAAUAAAUAAAUAAAUAUAUAAACUAAAGAAAAAGCAUUCGUUUGAUUACACUCUCCUUCUCCAAACAAUGUUUUCUAAACUGGCUCAGAUCGUUCUAUAUAUGGUGUGCCACCAUUGAAAGAAAAACCUUCUGUUUUCUCCCCUUUCAUACGUAAAAAAGAAACAACUAAGAAAACUUAUUGUCACAUUCUUGAUCUUAAGGUUCCCAUUAUAUAUUUGUUCUAAGACUUAGGAUUCUUCUUUUAUUUUUUCCAUUCUUUGUUUUCUGAGUCCAUGACUAUGGCUUCCGUGAGUGCGACCAACCCAAUUCAGUCCCCCGUCCGUACGUCUCGAAUUUCUUCGCUUUACUUGUCACCCAUUAAGAUUUCACCUACCUCUGUUGCUCUUAAGUCUCGAUCAGUGGCCUCUAGAGCCUCAGCCGUCGCAGGCUUGGCAUUUUCGCCUUUGCCGGACAAUGUCAUAAGUCGCAAGAAUAAGAGUCCCCCGGAUAAUUUGUCUAUCAAGUUUUUGGGAUUUUUGGCAUUGAAUCAACGUCUGAGACGUCGAGGUUCUACUGAAUUCCCUCUUGUAACGGCCGCAGCUGCCGGUGCCGACGGUCGUGAAGUUUCCGACAAGCCUAAGAGCUUUGGAGAGAGAUUUCCUUUCCUCAUCACUGGCUUUUUCUUUUUCAUGUGGUACUUCUUAAAUGUCAUCUUCAACAUACUGAACAAGAAGGUUUAUAACUACUUCCCAUAUCCAUACUUUGUCUCAGUUAUACAUCUCCUAGUUGGAGUGGUUUACUGUCUCGUUUCAUGGACUGUUGGAUUACCUAAGCGUGCACCUAUUGAUAAGGAGCUGUUGUUAGUAUUGACUCCGGUCGCAUUCUGUCACGCCCUUGGACAUGUCAUGUCCAAUGUAUCAUUUGCAGCCGUGGCCGUCUCUUUCACGCAUACAAUUAAAGCGCUGGAGCCAUUCUUUAAUGCUGCUGCUUCGCAAUUUGUUUUGGGCUAUCAAAUCCCCCUGUCAUUAUGGCUAUCAUUGGCUCCUGUUGUUAUUGGUGUAUCAAUGGCAUCACUGACUGAACUUUCUUUCAACUGGACUGGCUUUGUCAGUGCAAUGAUUUCAAACAUUGCAUUCACUUACAGAAGUAUCUAUUCAAAGAAAGCAAUGACAGAAAUGGACAGUACUAAUGUGUAUGCUUAUAUUUCCAUCAUUGCCCUCUUCGUUUGCAUUCCACCAGCUUUAAUAAUUGAGGGACCCAAAUUGUUGCAACAUGGUUUCAAAGAUGCUAUUGCCCAAGUGGGGCUCUACAAAUUUAUGUCAGACUUAUUCUUGAUUGGGUUGUUCUAUCAUCUAUACAAUCAGCUUGCUACCAACACCCUGGAAAGAGUGGCACCAUUAACACAUGCAGUUGGAAAUGUGUUGAAGCGAGUGUUCGUGAUUGGGUUCUCCAUUAUAGUGUUCGGCAACAAGAUCUCCACGCAGACUGGUAUUGGUACUGCCAUAGCAAUAGCUGGUGUGGCUAUGUAUUCCUUGAUAAAGGCAAAAAUGGAGGAAGAGAAAAGGGGAAGGUAAUUGAACAUUUUAUUUAUCAGAGAUUGUGAUUACUUGAUGUAAGAUGAUGACACGCAUAUCAUUACUCUAUCCGUAUUACAUUUCAAUUCAAAGGAUUUGCAAGGAUAUUACUAUUAUUAGUAUUGUUGUUAUUGUUAUUAUUAUUCUGUAGAAAUAAAGAUCAAGAGUAGAAUAAUAAAUUAAAA